GCUUCCGCACGGCGAGCGGCGCAUGCGCUCUGAGUCGGGGCGGGCGGGCCGCGCCGGCUGGAGAUGGAGCCCGAGUCGAGCUUCGCGCACAUGGGGCUGGACGGGCGGCUGCUGCAGGCCAUUGCUGAGCUGGGCUGGGCCAAGCCCACGCUGAUCCAGGAGAAGGCCAUUCCGCUGGCCCUGGAGGGCAAAGACCUGCUAGCCCGGGCUAGGACAGGCUCUGGGAAGACGGCCGCCUAUGCCAUCCCCCUCAUCCAGCACUUGCUCCAAGUGAAAAUGUCCCCCUUGGUGACAGAGCAGGCCGUGCGCGCGCUGGUCCUGGUGCCCACCAAGGAGCUGGGCCAGCAGGUGCUGCAGAUGAUCCGGCAGCUGAUGGCAUACUGCUCCCGUGAUGUCCGUGUCGCCGACAUCUCCGGGCAGGUGGACAUGUCUGCCCAGAGGCCCAUCCUGAUGGAGAAGCCGGAUGUGGUGGUGGGGACGCCGUCGCGGGUCCUGGCUCAUCUGCAGGGCCACAGCCUGAGCCUGCGCCACUCCCUGGAGGUGCUGGUCCUGGACGAGGCUGACCUACUCUUCUCCUUUGGCUUUGAGGAGGAUCUGAAGAACCUGUUGUGCCACUUCCCCAAGAUCUACCAGAGCUUCCUGAUGUCGGCCACCUUCAGCGAGGAGGUGCAGGCGCUAAAGGAGCUGGUGCUACACAACCCAGUGACCCUGAAGCUGCAGGAGUCCCAGCUGCCGGAGGCAGCCCAGCUCUGCCAGUACCAGAUCCGCUGCGCGACUGAGGAGGACAAGUUCCUGCUGCUCUACGCGCUGCUCAAGCUGGGGCUGGUGCGGGGCAAGGCCAUCCUCUUCGUCAGCACUGUGGAGCGCGGCUACCGCCUCAAGCUCUUCCUGGAGCAGUUCAGCAUCCCGGCCUGCGUGCUCAACGCAGAGCUGCCCGUGCAGUCCCGGUGCCACAUCAUCAGCCAGUUCAACCGGGGCUUCUUCGACUACAUCGUCGCCACUGACGAGCAGGUUCUGGCGGAGCCCGUGGCGCGGGCCAAGAGGAAGAAGGGCGCCAAGUCAGAGAAGGGCAAAGACCCAGAGUACGGCGUGGCACGGGGCAUCGACUUCCAGAAUGUCGCCACAGUCAUCAACUUUGACCCGCCCGCCUCGGUUGAGUCCUACAUCCACCGGGCCGGCAGGACAGCCCGCGCUGACAACCCUGGCACAGCCCUGACUUUCGUGACACACCCAGAGUGCCCCUUGCUGGCCAAGAUCGAGGAGGCUCUUGCAGGAGAGAGCACCGAGCCCGUGCUGAGCCCCUACCAGUUCCGGAUGGAGGAAGUCGAGGGGCUCCGCUACAGAUGCCGGGACGCCAUGCGCUCUGUCACCAAGCAGGCCAUCAAGGAGGCACGGCUGCGGGAGAUCAAGGAGGAGCUACUCAACUCGGAAAAACUGAAGACGUACUUCGAGGACAAUCCCCACGACCUGCGGCUGCUGCGCCACGACCGGCCCCUGCACCCGGCCAUCAUCAAACCGCACCUGCGCAACGUUCCCGAGUACCUGGUGCCCCCCACCCUGCGUGCCAUCACCCAGGCCCCGCUCAACAAGCGCAAGCGACGGAAACACUUGGCCCCCAGCAGCAGCCGACCCAGGGGGUGCUUCCAGGUGGGUGUCUGGGCUGGGCUCCUCCCCGAGCCCAAGAGUACUGGGGGCGGCCGUGUAGGGAGAGUGAGGGCACGCAGGGGGAACUCCGAGCCCGGGACUGGAGGGAGGGAUUGGCCACAGCAGUGCCAGUCUGAGGUGGGAUGGAGCUUUGCAGUGCCGCUUCCCACUGCAUGGGAGCUGGGGGCACCCUGCCUGCUGCCCUCAACAGGCACUGCCCUGUAUGCUGGGGGUGAUGGCUGAAGGGGCGGUUUCCCACAGGGCCCCCAGCAUGGAGUCGAGGCCAAGGCAGAGCCCGACGGGCCCAGGAGGGGGAGGGGCUGUGAUGGUGCCCUCCCAGCCCCAGGCGGCCUUAUCCUUGGGGCUCGGUAGCUGGCACCGCCAUGUGCUGGGCAUAGGGGGGGGUCAGACCCACAUUGUAGCGGGUGGAGGAGUAUUCGGGGGGGGUCCCAAGGCAGCAGGAGAUUCUGGGAGCCAGUGGGUCCCAACAGCCCAAGUUCUUCUUGAUCCAGGGAGGCAGAGCUGCCUCCAGCCAGCAGGGGUCACCAGGGAGCCAGUCCCACUGCAUUGCCUGGGAAUGGGCCCCCCUCCCCCCCCCCCCCCGACUCCUAGCUGCUGUCCCUAACCCCCCCCUGCUUCUCUCCUAGGCCCGGGGGGGGGCGCAACCCUCUGCGGAGCUUCCAGUACAUGGGGAGGAGACGCCGGCACCUAGCCAGCAAAGGGGAGACAUCCUGAACCGUGGGCCCCCGUCAGUGAGAGCACCUGGCUGGACUCAGAACAGACAAUGUCUUGUGUGGCUGGGGCCGAUGCCCCUGCUGGGCCAAGAGGAGACAAGUGCUCCCCCUGCGCCCCUGCCUGGCUCCGCUCUCCGAACAGGGAUCUUCUGGGGCACCUGUGGCUGGGCGUGGGCAUCUUCUGCUGCUGGCGUCAGCCACAUCCCGGUGCCAGCCCCCGGGAGCCUGAGUCUGGCUGUGGGGAGAGGGGGCUGGGGCCGAAGGGUUGCAGACGGCAGCUGACCCUAAUAAAGCUCAAUGCUGGCUCCAC